CCUCCGCCUCGCCCGGCCCCGCGGAGCGCGGCAGGGCCCGGCCGUCCCGCGGCCUGCAGUGCCCCACUGCCCGAGCGUUGGGCCGCCUCUCCCGCGGGAGGCGGAGGGAGCGCAGCAGAGCGAGCCUCGCUGCUCCUUCCUCCUCCUCCUCCUCCUGCACCCUGUCCCCACUGCGUCGCCGCUCCGCUCCGCGUCCCGCCGGGCCGUGCUGCAGCACCCGCCCCCGCCUCCCUCCGCUAGCUGCCGGCGCUGAGCGGCGGCGGCGGGGUCACGGCGGCGGCCGGGUCAGAGGGUAAAGGUUGCUCCCCCAGCAUCCUCCGUGCUGGAUACUCAGCCAUCUUGGAUCCGCGGGACAAGAAAAUUCAUGCGGAAGUGGUCAUCGGUCAAAAUUUGCUUACCUCAGCAGAGACAAAAAAUUAAUGGGCAAAAGUACAGUGUGUAGGUGACAAACAGCAUGUUUGGUGCUUCAAGGAAGAAGUUUGUAGAGGGGGUUGAUGGUGACUACCAUGAUGAAAACAUGUACUACAGCCAAUCAUCGAUGUUCCCACAUCGGUCAGAAAAAGAUGCAAUGUUGCAGAAGUGGAUCUUAGAAUGGGACUUCAGGAGAAGGAAGAUGCUGGCAUCACCAUCACCAUCAGGUCAGCUGUCUCAAUUUGGGGCAAGUUUAUACGGGCAACAAAGUGCACUAGGCCUUCCAAUGAGGGGAAUGAGCAACAAUACCCCUCAGUUAAAUCGCAGCUUAUCACAAGGCACUCAGUUACCGAGCCACGUAACGCCAACAACAGGGGUACCAACAAUGUCACUUCACACGCCUCCAUCUCCGAGCAGGGGGAUAUUGCCUAUGAAUCCUAGGAAUAUGAUGAACCACUCCCAGGUUGGUCAGGGCAUUGGAAUUCCCAGCAGGACAAACAGUAUGAGCAGUUCAGGGUUAGGCAGCCCCAACAGAAGCUCUCCAAGCAUAAUAUGUAUGCCAAAGCAGCAACCCUCUCGACAACCUUUUACUGUGAACAGUAUGUCUGGAUUUGGGAUGAACAGAAAUCAGGCGUUUGGAAUGAAUAACUCCUUAUCAAGUAACAUUUUUAAUGGAACAGAUGGAAGUGAAAAUGUGACAGGACUGGACCUCUCAGAUUUUCCAGCACUAGCAGACAGAAACAGAAGGGAAGGAAGUGGCAAUCCAACUCCAUUAAUAAACCCUUUAGCUGGAAGGGCACCCUAUGUUGGAAUGGUAACAAAACCAGCAAGUGAGCAGUCCCAGGACUUUUCAAUACACAAUGAAGAUUUUCCAGCAUUACCAGGCUCCAGCUACAAAGACCCAACAUCGAGUAAUGAUGACAAUAAAUCUAAUUUGAGUACAUCAGGCAAAACAUCAUCCAGCACAGAUGGGCCCAAGUUUCCUGGAGAUAAAAGUUCAACUACGCAAAACAACAACCAGCAGAAAAAAGGGAUCCAGGUGUUACCUGAUGGUCGGGUUACCAACAUUCCUCAAGGGAUGGUGACGGACCAGUUUGGAAUGAUUGGCUUGUUAACAUUCAUCAGGGCAGCAGAGACAGAUCCAGGAAUGGUACAUCUUGCAUUAGGAAGUGAUUUAACAACACUAGGUCUCAAUCUCAACUCUCCUGAAAAUCUUUAUCCCAAAUUUGCAUCACCCUGGGCAUCAUCACCUUGUCGACCUCAAGACAUAGACUUCCAUGUUCCAUCUGAAUACUUAACUAACAUUCACAUUAGGGAUAAGCUGGCUGCAAUAAAACUUGGCCGAUAUGGAGAAGAUCUCCUGUUUUAUCUCUAUUACAUGAAUGGAGGAGAUGUAUUACAGCUAUUAGCAGCAGUAGAGCUAUUUAACCGGGAUUGGAGAUACCACAAAGAAGAACGAGUAUGGAUCACCAGGGCACCCGGCAUGGAGCCAACAAUGAAAACCAAUACGUACGAGAGGGGAACAUAUUACUUCUUUGACUGUCUUAACUGGAGGAAAGUAGCUAAGGAGUUCCAUCUGGAAUAUGACAAAUUAGAAGAAAGGCCUCAUCUGCCAUCAACCUUCAACUACAACCCUGCUCAGCAAGCCUUCUAAAGACUUCCCUUUUCUUGGGGUAUGGCUGUCUCAGCACAAUACUCAGCAUAACUGCAGAACUGAUGUGGCUCAGGCAUCCUGGUUUUAAUUCCUUGAGGAUCUGGCAAUUGGCUCAUGCGAAGGGUCACCAUUUGAGGUCCUGCCUUACUAAUUAUGUGCUGCCCAACAACUAAAUUUGUAAUUGUUUUUCUUUAGUUUGAGCAGGGUCUGAAUUUUUGUUUUUGUUUUAUUUUCUGCCAGCAGACAAGCUUGGGUCUGUAAAGACAAGCGAGUACACUGACAAAAGUUUACCACUUAGUUUUCCAAAAUGUAAAAACAAAAAAAGAAAAAAGACAAAAAAUUAGACAACAAAAUUUGCAUUGUUCAUUGUAGCACUAUUGGUAAUAAAAAAUGUUUGUGCAUUUUUAUGUGAAGAUCCUUCUCGUAUUUCAUUUGGAAAGAUGAGCAAGGUUUGCUUCCUUCAUUUUACUUCCCCUUCUGUUUUUGAAAGGCAGUUUUCGCCAAGCUUAAUGCAAGAAUACCUGACUGUUUAGAAGAAAGAUAUUGCCACAGUCUCUGGUUAGUUUCCAGAGUUGUGUAUUACUGAGCUUCAUCUUUCCAGAAUGAGCAAAACACUGUCCAGUCUUUGUUACGAUUUUGUAAUAAAUGUGUACAUUUUUUUUAAAUUUUUGGACAUCACAUGAAUAAAGGUAUGUAUGUACGAAUGUGUAUAUAUUAUAUAUAUGACAUCUAUUUUGGAAAAUGUUUGCCCUGCUGUACCUCAUUUUUAGGAGGUGUGCAUGGAUGCAAUAUAUGAAAACGGGACAUUCUGGAACUGCUGGUCAGGGGACUACUUUGUCGCCCUGUGCACUAAAGGGCCAGAUUUUCAGCAGCCAAGGACAUCCAUACCCAAGUGAAUGUGAUGGGACUUAAAGAAGUGAACUGAGACAAUUCACUCUGGCUGUUUGAACAGCAGCGUUUCAUAGGAAGAGAAAAAAAAAAAAAAGAUCAAUCUUGUAUUUUCUGACCACAUAAAGGCUUCUUCUCUUUGUAAUAAAGUAGAAAAGCUCUCCUCA